GCAGCAGUUACUGCUUAUUAACAACCGCCAUUACAGCACCAGCUCACCCCUUCGAGGCCACGCCGCUGUCGCCAAUCGCAAUCGCAGAGUGAAAAGUUUGGAGAAAGAGACAGCUCUGGAAGGAGAAAAAAGGGGGGAAAAUCCAGUGGUGGACUGUUCAUCUGUCGCCGCCGCGUAGAUCGUGUCCGACCGUUUGGUUCGAGGUUGAUUUGGCCGGUAGAGAUGUUUGCCUUCAACUGAUAAGGGAAAAGGGGGAGCGCUAUGUCGGUUUCUCCCGCGGCAUUCGAGCGCCCUCGUAUUGGGAACUCGAACACGGUGUUCAAAAGCGGGCCCCUGCUGAUAUCUUCUAGAGGCUUAGGGUGGAAAUCUUGGAAGAGGCGAUGGUUUGUCCUUACACGCACUUCUCUGGUUUUCUACAAGAAUGAUCCAAGUGCACCUCCACGUAAUGGUGGAGUAAUCAUGACAUUGGGCGGUAUUGAUAUAAAUAAUUCUGGGAGUGUUGUUGUUAGAGAAGACAAGAAACUGAUAACUGUUUUAUUUCCUGAUGGACGCGAUGGGCGAGCAUUCACUCUUAAGGCAGGAUCAGUUGAGGACCUCUAUGAGUGGAAAGAUGCCCUUGAGCGUGCUCUGGCACAAGCACCGAAUGCUGCUCUUGUGGUGGGAGACAGCGGAAUAUUUAGAAGUGACACUAAUGAUGCUAAUGAGGGGUCCUUCUGUCGAUGGAGAACCAAACGUCUGGUGAAUUCUGCCAUUGGAUGUCCAAUGUUGCUCGCAUUAGAGGAUAUAGAUGGAAGCCCAUCUUUUCUAGAGAAAGCGCUGAGGUUUCUUGAAAAAUAUGGAAUCAAAAUAGAAGGCAUUCUACGCCUGUCUGCAGAUGUUGAGGAAGUAUAUAAAAGAAUUGAAGCUUUUGAACAAGGCAAGACUGAAUUUGGUCCCCAUGAAGAUGCUCAUGUAAUUGGUGAUUGUGUGAAGCAUUCUCUCCGGGAGCUACCUUCAUCACCCGUUCCUGCAUCGAGUUGCUAUGCUUUGUUGGAAGCCCAUACAGGAAUGGAUCGGAAAGAAGCUCGGGUAAAUGCAAUGCGUUCAGCAAUACAGGAAGCCCUACCACAACCUAAUAGACGCCUAUUGCACAGAAUUCUUAAGAUGAUGCUCGUGAUUUCAUCCCAUGCUACCAUGAAUCGGAUGACUCCAUCUGCUGUUGCUGCAUGUAUGGCACCAUUGUUAUUUCGACCCUUGUUUACAGGUGAAUGUGAAUUAGGGGAAUCCCACAACAUGGAUGGAGAUAAUUCUGCCCAGCUUGUGGCGGCUGCCAAUGCUGCUAAUCAUGCCCAAGCAAUUAUAACAAUGCUUUUGGAGGAGUAUGAGAAUAUUUUUGAUGAUGAUAAUCUGUUCAGCCCGGUGUCCUCUGCAUAUUCUCAGACUGGGAACAGUGUAAGAGAAUAUACAAGUGAUGAUGGAAAUUCCAACACAAAACUUAAUGGCUAUCAUAAUGAUCGCAACGUCAGAGACACAGAUUAUGAUCGUCGUUACAGUGGAAAUUUUAGCGGAAUCAGCGGUUCUCCCAUCAGCGAUCUUAGCAAAUAUAAUAAGGCCACGAGGAACUUUGAUCCACUCCAUGAGUCUUCUGUGCUUAGUCGUUCGUUUGCACUAAAAUUAGAUCCAGAAUCUAACACAAGCACGUCAAGAAAUUCUCCUGUUUCAAUAUAUGAGGGACGUGGCCAACAAAAAAAGACGCGGGAAAUUCCAAUGGAUGACCUCGCAGAAGUACAUGUGGAUGAGCCUCAGGGAUUGCUUGGAGACAUGUUAUCAUCUAUGGAUCCACGCCUGUAUCAAUCCUUUUCUAGACCAGAAAUAUAUGCUGAAAAGCUAACAACGCCCGUCCAAUCCGAGACUAACAGUAGAUCCAAGAAGUCGAUAUUUUGGAGAAAAAAAAAAGGAACAAGAACUCCAACAGAAUCAAUCGACUUUUCUGAAGAGGAGGCGCUUUCCAUACAGAGACUAGAGGCGGCAAAGAAUCAAUUGCAGCAGAGGAUUGCGAAAGAGGCGAGAGGUAAUGCAAUUUUACAAGCUAGUUUGGAGAAGCGGAAGCAAGCAUUACAUGAGCAGCGACUGCUACUCGAACAAGAUGUGUCAAGAUUGCACGCGCAAUUGAAAGCGGAGAAAGAUCUACGAGCUGCUCUUGAAGUCGGCCUGAGCCUGUCUCCUCAGCACAUUUCCAGUUUCUGUGCCGUGGAUUCCAAGACAAUUUCCGAGUUGGAGGACAUAGCUGCGACUGAGGCGGAUGUGGUCAGAUUGAAGCAAAAAGUUGCCGAACUCCAUCAUCAGCUAAACCACCACCAGCAGCAGCAGUAUCAGUAUGACGCUCCUGUCACAAGUGAUCGAUAUCCACAGCAGAAAUAUUUAACUAAUGAUCUUGACACUCCGCGUGCUGUUUGUAACCAUGAAAAUAAAAGAACAGAGCUCUCAUGCUUGCAGGGAUCAUCGGGCCUAAACCUGAGGAACAGCAAAGGACAACCAUCCUCUUCUAACAACAGCAGUAGCCUCUCUUUCCGGAAGCACAUAAUUGAAUCGACAAACUACAGCGAAUCUAGAAGCGGCGCAGCAUCCCCAAGGCCACCUGAGGGUGACUUUUACAGCGCAUACAUGCUGGCGUCUCGAUCAAGAGCAUCCGAGGCGCUGCUUGACCAUCAUCAUCAUCGGCCGGUUCCAUCGUCAACUUUGGCCGAGCUGACGAAUCGGCUCAACUUCUUCAAGGAGAGGAGAGCUCAGUUGAUAGAACAGCUGCAGAAGAUUGACGUAAGCAGCAGCAGGCAAUGCCAUGGAAAUGGAUCAGAUUCUUUGUACAAAGCCUCAACUUCUGCUCUUUCUUGACACCACCAACCAUUGCCAAAGCUGCAUCAUAUAUCAUAUAUCACUCUCUUCUGUGUUAGUUUAUCUUUUAUAUAUAUAUAUAUAUAUAAGUGUUAGUUUAUCUUUUAUAUAUAUAUAUAUAUAUAUUGAUGAUCUGAUCUGAUGUUAGUUUUGUACAGAUUGUUUAUAUAUCUCCAUGGUUGUUUUUCUGUUUCAGAAAUUUUGGUGAUUAUGUGGGGAGUACAUUUUAA